GCUUCAAAAGAACAGGCUGCUGCAGAGUGAGAAAGCUGUGAAAGUGUGCAGACUAGCAAGUGCUUUAUUUUAUAUCUGAUAAGUGCUUUAUAGUAAAAGCCAUCAUGACAUUUGUAACUCUCAAUAAUGGAGCUAAAAUGCCUAUUGUUGGUCUAGGAACAUGGAGGUCUCCUCCAGGUGAGGUCAUAGAGGCUGUGAAGGCAGCCAUUCUGGCCGGCUACCGCCACAUUGAUGGGGCCCAUGUCUAUGAAAAUGAGAAUGAAGUUGGGGAUGCCGUAAAAGCCAUGAUUACCCAAGGAGUUGUGAAGAGAGAGGACCUUUUCAUAGUCAGCAAGCUGUGGUGCACUUACCAUGAAAAACACUUGGUAAGAGGAGCCUGUGAAAAGACCCUAAGUGAACUUAAAAUGGACUACGUUGAUCUCUACCUGAUGCACUUUCCUAUGGGCACUAAGCCUGGAAAGGAGCUUUUCCCAGUCGAUAAGGAUGGCCAUGUAAUUCCAGACAACAGCAACUUUCUGGAAACAUGGGAGGCAAUGGAGGAGUUAGUGGACGCUGGGUUGGUCAAGGCCAUCGGUAUCUCCAACUUCAACCGGGAUCAGAUUGAGACAAUCCUGAAUAAACCAGGACUCAAGUACAAACCAGCCAACAACCAGAUCGAGUGCCAUCCAUAUCUGACUCAGGAGAAGUUGAUUAACUACUGUCAGUCCAAAGGCAUCACAGUGACUGCAUACAGUCCUCUGGGUUCUCCAACCAGACCAUGGGCAAAGGCAGAUGAGCCAUCACUGCUGGAGGACCCAAAGAUUAAGGCCAUUGCAGAUAAGCAUGGUAAAACCACAGCACAGGUCCUAAUCCGGUUCCACAUGCAGAGGAACGUUGUGGUCAUUCCCAAAUCUGUAAACCCUACCAGAAUCAAAGAAAAUUUCAUGGUCUUUGAUUUUGAGCUGAGUAAAGACGAGAUGAACACUAUACUGAGUUUUAACAGGAACUGGAGGGCUUUUAUGCUGGAGUGGGCUUCCAAGCAUAAGGAUUAUCCACUGAAUGCAGAAUACUAAAGCUGUUUGCUGCAUAUUAACUGCAAUUUGAUUUUAAAGAUGACUCUUGCAUUUCCCAUUGGGGAAUAAAUGAAGCAUGUAAUUGAAGUAAUAUAAAAGGUUAUGAGCAAACCCACAUUAUCUGCAUUUAUUCAAGUGUAAUACAGCCAUUUAAGGGACUAAAUGUGGUUAAAUGUAAAGGUCAAGUGAGUUGUGAAGAAAAUUUUUCUCAUGUCUUUAACAUUUAAAAACAUAAGCCAGAGAGCUGUUUGACAGAGCUUUAUUUGGAUUUUUAAAGCGUACAUCAACACCAUAAACAAGAGCUGCUCUUGAGAACUGGAAGUGCUUUUGUUGUCAUUUUGAAAAUAAGGAGUGUGUAUUAAUUCAUAUAAAAAAAUAUCACCAGGACCAAAACUUUCUCUUGUUAUCUGCCCAAUUGUGCAAAAUUUGUGACAUUGUUCAAAUAAAAAAAGUUACUAGUGCA